AUGGUUGGUGAGCUGGCCACUACGACCUGGCUGGCUUCAAUCCAGGUCAUCAGUGGCUCACCGUGCACCCACUGUGCAGUGCGCAAUGCUUCUCUGGAUCUCAGAGAGCCUGGCUCAGUGCUUCGCUGGCUCUUCCUUCCCUCGAGCGUGCUGGCUUCGGCCACGCUGGCCCUGAGCCCCCUGCUGCUGGUGACCAUCCUGCGGAGCCGGCAGCUGCGGCACAAGCCCCACUUCGUGCUGUUGGCCAACAUCCUGCUCUCGGACCUGGCCUACGUGGUCCUCCACAUGCUCAUCUCUUCCAGCACCCUGGGUGGCUGGGAGCUGGGCCGCAUCAUCUGUGGUCUUCUCACGGAUGCUGUCUUUGCUGCCUACACCAGCACCAUGCUGUCCUUCACAGCCACCGUGCUGCACACCUACCUGGCCGUCACUCGUCCUUUGCACUAUCUCUCCUUCGUGUCCCGCGGGGCCGCGCAGAAAGCUGUGGCCUGCAUCUGGCUGGUGGCUUACUGCUUCCCGGCGUUUCUCCUCUGGCUGGGCAAGCGGCAGGACGCCAGGAUGGAGGAGCAAGGGGCCUCAUGCCACCUACCACUGAGCCUGGGUACUCAGCAGGGCCGUGACGCCUUGGUGGCUGUGACCCACACCUGUAUACUGUGCACCCUCUUCCUGUGCACAGCUCUCAUCACCUACUGCUUCUGGAAGAUCUUCUCAGAGCUCAAGGCAUCAGGCACCUGCGGCCAGGGCUGCUCCCGGGCCAGGGGCACCCUGCUCAUCCAUGUGGUGCUGAUGGUGCUGUACGUUAGUGCAGGGCUGGUGUUCUCCUUGGACAUCAUGCUGACCAAGUACCAGCACAUCGGAGCCAGCACGCACCUGUGGCUCCUGACCACCAACAGCCAGGUAUUCAUGAUGCUUCCACGUGCCCUGCUCCCCUAUCUGUACGUGCUCCGCUAUCGUCAGCUGCUGGGCGUGGUCCGGGGCUACUUCUCACCCGGGAGGCACGAGGACGUCUUUAGCAUUUCCCGGAGCUGCCGGGGUCAGUCUGGCAGUCCGAGGUUACAAAGCACGUGUUAA